CCCUGCUGCCCCUGCUGCCCCUGCCGCAUCGUCACUCGUUCUGGCCGAGGUGAUGCCCCUCAUACUCGAUACCAGAGACGUACGACAAACGAGAGCUCGGGGAUCUGCGACCCUAUUGGUCGAUCACUGUCCUGCACAAGCGGUCGGGUUCGUGCUGCUGCCGGAACCGACAUCAAUCGGAAACCCCAAACGGAACAGAACAGAACAGAACAGACAACAACCAAAACCCCAUUAUGAAGAGGAGGCACCAGUGAGGCAGUGUUGACUGAACUGUCGCAGACCCUGACCUCUCCCCUACUCUUCGUCUUGACCUUGAUGCCUAUGUACCUGCGGUUCUACGGCAUCACGAUGCAUAGGAACCCCCCUCCUACAAAUAACAAAACUCCGCCAUUCCCUAUUCCUUGAUCCUGAUUCCACAGCUUCAGCUCCGGCUCUAGGACGACGAGCAAUGCCCCCGCGAAGGUCACACAAGAAGUCUAAGGCAGGCUGCCAAAGAUGCAAGAAUAGGAAAAUAAAGUGCGAUGAAGUACACCCAACUUGUGGUAACUGUCUUAAACAUGGAGUUUCCUGCGAUUUCGAGUGUCCCGAGACGCCAGCAUCCGCCAGCACACCUUACCCGGCCCCAAGUCCUCGCAUGGGGUCGGCAUCAUCAUCAACUUCCACCCCGCGUUCGUCUACGGUGAUGCCAAUGUAUCAGAACCCUACCUCGCUUGUCAGAACACACUCGAAUUCCACUGUGUCCCGGUCCUUGGAGUUCAAGCUCUUGCACCACUACACAGCUCUCACUUCGCAGACAUUCUCGGAUACGAAGGAGCAGAACCAUGUAUGGCAGGUUGAUAUACCGACAAUAGCGUAUGAUGCUCAAUAUCUAAUGGAUGCCAUUCUGGCGGUGUCUGCUCUGCAUUUGCGGUCUAUACAUCCGGAAGACCACAGUUUGAUACGAGCGUCGCAUGGAUACAUGGCCUCCUCGAUCGCACAGUAUUCAAACCUGUUGAAUCAAGGACUUUCGGAAAUGAAUGCGGAAGCGUUGUUCUCAACUUCUGCUCUGAUAGCUUUCCAGGCAUCAGCCUCGAGACGUUUUGACGACGAGGCGAACGGAACAUAUACUCUCCCAUUGGCUUGGUUCCAUUCGUUCCAAGGAGUCAAGACGAUUGUUCUUGCGAGUUGGCAAUGGCUGAGAUCAAGCAAUCGCAUAUACCCUAUCAUCAACAGCCAACCAGCGCUUUUUCUUGACCCAGAUCCAGAGCGGAAGCUGUUCUUCGCGCCACUCCUACAGGGACUCGAGGAGCAACUAGAGAAUCUCCCACCCAUGGCACGACCAGAAACCAAACAAGCGUAUGAACAUGCAGUUUCAUUUUUGAACUGGUCCCAUCAGAAGCCUGUACGCAAUCGCAUUCUUGGCUUCGCAGCUACCGUUUCUCGACAUUAUGUGGAUUUAAUCGGACAGCAAGAUCCAAGAGCCCUCGUGAUCUCAGCAUGCUUCUUUGCGCUUACGAAAAUGGUGGAUGACGUAUGGUGGUUAGAGGGAAUUGCUAAGCGAGAGGUUAACGGUAUCUUCAGUCUGCUGCCGCAGGAUUGGUGGCCUAAGAUGGAGUGGGCAUUACGGGUUGCGAAUCACGAAGGUCCGAUGAGUGAAGAGGUUUGGGGAUGCUCGCUGCAUACAUUGUAUGAGAACGAUACUGUGAAGCUAGAAGACGAAUUUGAGGCAGACGUCACGCAGCACAUCGAAAUGCUAGCUUCGAUGGUCAACGGAUGUGUUGUGGAGCCCCUGGAUUGAAGAGGGUGUUUAGUAAUGAGGCGGACCGGGAUUGGGUCAAGUUUGACAAACGGACACUUACAACGGCUGGCACAAGAAGGGCCAGGAAUAUCCUGCGAUCCUUGAAGGGCUCGGAGGAAUAUAUCAUCCAGCUCAAGUUGCCAGCCAGUAGAUGUGGAGUGCAUUCGGACAGGAUGUGUUGAUUACGUACCUCGGACGGUACAUGGAAACCUUUGAGAAUGAAGCUACUUAAUAGAUGGGAGAUGAAACGAAUGAUAACUACUAUUACUGUAUACUAUGCUUCUUUCAAAUGUAACUGAUACUUUUUACAAUAC